UUAAAAAUAUAACCAAACUUUUUUGGAAAUGGAAUUCUAAAUUUUUGUAGAGCAUUUCAAAUGUCUCAAAUCUCGAAACCUGUACUUAGUUUAAAACAGUUUAUAUUAAAACAGGAGGUUAAGAAUCUGUACAGAAAUAUACUGAGAUCCAUUAGGAAAAUUCCGGAUGGAAAUCACCGUAAAGAGUUAAUAGAAUGGGCCCGGAGAGACUUUAGAGUAAAUGCCCAUUAUACAGAUGAAAUUACUAUAAAGAUGUAUAUACGAUACGGAGAAAGGUGUUUGAGAGAAUUAGAAACCAGUCUUAAUUUAGCAAAAUAAUUUAUUGUGUGUUAAUAAAUUAGUGUAGGGAUAUAAAUGGUUACAUUUUUGAGAGACAGUAACUGACAGUGCCGCCAAUACAACAAUUCUUCCACUGAACAGUGCUACCAACAGUUCUCUCUAAUUUCG